AAAAAAAUAUUAAAAUAUAGGGCAAGUGGAAAGUCUCAACAAAAAGCGUGAAUUGGAGUUAAAUGGCGUAAAGUGAGAAACCAACGUAUUUCUCAUGCGCAACUAAACAACAUUAACAAAUACAAAGAUACAUACAGAGUAGACAGUGAUUCGGAAAUUCAAAAUUACAUACAUACAUUGAAGAAACUUUGGAAUUGGACUGGCAGCCGAUAGCCCCAAACAGCGCCCCCCACCCAGCAAUAACAACAUUAGGCCAACAACAUGAAUGUGCUACUGCUGCCCAAAGGAUCCACGCAACUAAAGUCGCAUUAUGCGAUGCAUAACUUCUACAAGCGCUAUCUCAGAACGAGCCACAAUGCCUAUUGUACAACGAGAAAAGUCCAGCACAAAGCGGAAGACUCAGUUUCACAGUCAUGGAACGUCCGGCAAAGGAGAACGUUUACUGGCUACUCACUGAAAACCGGCCCGCGUUAUUACCAAUCAGAUCAGUUCUGUAGCUAUGGCCUGCGGCAUAUUCACAUCGGUAGGCCGCUGUUUGAGUCGAGCUCAAAGAUCGAUGCCACUGUGAAGAAGCUGAAGAAUCAGCAGAAGGAGAAGGUCGAGGAGAUCAUGAAGGAGGUGGCCAAUGGACAGGCGAUUAAGGGAACUGGUUCGGCUACCCCGGUGACCUCCACGAUACUCGACGGCACCGCUGUAGACCCGAGCGCAACAGCUAAGGCUAGCGCCUCUGGCACAAAGACGGCUAGCGAACUAACAGAGGCCCCAUCCAAGGCAGUGGCCAAGCCAAAGAAGCCGCUCACACAGCGUAUUUGGGAUGAACUGGUACACUAUUAUCAUGGCUUUCGGUUAUUAUUCAUUGAUACCGCCAUUAGCUCGAAGUUGGUGUGGAAGGUACUCAAUGGCAAGACGCUGACGCGACGCGAAAACAAGCAGCUGCAGCGCACAACAUCGGAUCUGUUCCGAUUGAUCCCAUUCUCGGUGUUUAUUGUGGUGCCGUUUAUGGAGCUGCUCUUGCCGGUAUUUAUAAAAUUCUUUCCGGGCAUGCUGCCGUCCACAUUUCAAACGGCCAAGGAUCGCCAGGAGCGACUAAGGCAGUCACUGACCGUCCGUCUGGAGGUAGCAAAAUUCCUGCAAAAAACUCUCGGUCAAAUGCCUGUCCAGCACAAGGAGCACAGCAGCGAGGAAGCCAAACAGUUCGAGACAUUCUUCCGAAAGAUCCGGAAUCCCACAGAGCAAGUGAGCAACGAUGAGAUAAUCAAGUUUGCCAAGCGUUUCGAUGACGAAAUCACAUUGGAUUCGCUCAGUCGAGAGCAGCUAUCAGCGCUCUGCCGUGUACUGGAGCUGAACACGAUUGGCACAACGACCUUGCUGCGUUUUCAGCUGCGUCUCAAGCUUCGCUCUCUGGCCACCGAUGAUCGGGUAAUAGCGCGCGAAGGCGUCGACUCGCUCGAUCUCUUCGAAUUGCAGCAGGCGUGCAAGUCACGUGGCAUGCGCGCCUACGGCCUAACAGCGGAGCGCCUGCGAUUCCAACUCAAGGAAUGGAUUGACUUAUCACUAAAUGAACAGGUACCACCUAUACUUUUGUUAUUGUCACGUGCAAUGCUCAUCUCUGAUGACAGCAUCACGACUGAUAAGCUGAAGGAGACAAUGCGUGUACUGCCGGAUGCUGUAGCCGCUCACACACGCCAUGCGAUUGGCGAGCGUGAGGGCAAGGUCGAUAACAAGACCAAGAUUGAGAUCAUCAAGGAGGAGGAGCGUAAGAUUCGUGAAGAGCGCGAGGAGGAGCACGAAGAGACGCUGCGCACCGCCGGCACGGAUGAAGCUCCAGCGCCGUUUAUAUUCACUGAGGAUACUAAUCAGAAGUUGCAUUUGGAUAAGAAAUCCGAGGCAUCAGAUGAGAAGACCAUUUCGCCGACAGAUGUGCAAUUGCUAUCAGAUGCACUGAAGACGCUUUCCUCUGAUAAACAGCUUGUUGUGGAGAAGGAGACGAUCAAGGAGCUUAAGGAGGAGCUGCGCGACUAUCAGGAGGAUGUGGAGGAAUUGCGAGAGGUGCGCCAGGUGGUCAAGGAACCGGUGCGCGAGAGUCGAGCUGCCAAGCUACUCUAUAAUCGUGUCAACAAGAUGAUCUCGCAGCUGGACACUGUGCUUCAAGACUUGGAGCAUCGCCAGCAACAGAUUAAGCAAGUCGAUACCCCUGACAGCGCGCCCACAUCUGGUGCCAGUCCCAGCCAAUCGGUGCACAUUGACGAACUGGUGGCUACAAUCCGACGCAUGAAGGAGGCCUCUGACGAGGAGCGAUUCAAAGUCGUUGAGGAUUUGCUAAUCAAACUGGAUGCUGACAAGGAUGGUGCUGUCUCAGUUAACGAGAUCACCAAGGUGGUGCAAAGCAUCGACAGUGCGGCCACCAAAAUUGACAAACAACAGCUGGAGGAAUUCACUGAGCUACUCACAAAGCAAGCACAGAAGCGACGCAACGAGGAAAUUGUCCACAUUGACGAUCUCAUGAUGAAUAUCAAGAAGCUAAAGGAGACCAGCGAUGAGGCCCGCAUCAAGCACAUCGAGAGUGUCCUAGAUAAGUUUGACGCUGACAAAGAUGGUGUCGUUACUGUCAACGAUAUACGAAAGGUGUUGGAGUCCAUUGGUCGCGAUAAUAUCAAACUUAGCGAUAAGGCUAUAGAGGAGCUCAUUGCUCUGCUGGACAAGGAGCAGAUACUGGAGGCAGAGCAAAAGAUUGAGAAGGCAAUUGCGAAGAGCAUGAAGGAAGCGGAAAAACUUAAAUUGGAGGUGGAGAAAACGGAUAAGGAUAUGGCCAAACUGGUCGACGGUAUACACGAUUCGGCGAAGGAGAUACGCGACAUAGCCACCGAACUGGGAGCAAUGGAGCAGGAGAGGCCCACUCCCCCAAAGCCAGAACCCGACAUGAAAGACCCCGCUAAAGUAUUGAAAGAUAAUGCGAAGGAGCUGGGUGAUUUGCUAGUAAAGUCCCCAAAGAACAACAACAAAAAAGGGGGAAAGGACACACCACCAACACCGAGCAAAGGCAACAGCUCCGGCAGCAAUAGAAACAACUGCAAGAAGGCCACCGAUAGCGAAAUGUCGAUACCCAAGAUAGCGAUGCGCGAGGCGGCCGAAAUUCAAAUCGAAAAGCUAUUGCCCCAAAAGGAUAUCGAUCUGCCACCAACGAUACCCACACAAACACCGACCCAGUCCAAGGUGGCUACCUCACCGAAAGCGGCGGCGAAUGGCACUUCCGGCACCCCCAAGAAAUUGAUCUGACCGGCUGAGCCGAAGGCGAAAGCAAUACAUGAAGAAUACCCAGAGCAUUCACCUAGGGCAAAAUGAGAUCAGAAAGUCAACCCUUUGUCCAAAUUGAUUCGAGUUGCAUUCAAUAUUAAUAAUAUUAAAACAGGAAAUGCAUAGAAUAGUAAUUCAAUAGAAAAUCUGUAUUUAGUUAGAUCCCAGGCAAGAGCUCCUUUGGAAGGCUGUAUUAAGUAUGUGUAAAAGUUGCCCAAAUUAUAAACUAUUGCUUAAAAUAUACAUAUAUACAGAAUUUGGGUAUGUUAAACGAAUACAAUGGCAGAACUACCUUAAAA